CUCCUUCUGCUCGGGCGCCCCGGCCGCCGCCGCCCCUCCCCGGCCCAGGAGCGGUUGCGGAGCCGCCGCCGCCCAGACAGCGCAGCGCGGGACGCAGGAUCCGCACGAAAUAAAUCAGAAUGAGUUAUGCAGAAAAACCCGAUGAAAUCACGAAAGAUGAGUGGAUGGAAAAGCUCAAUAACUUACAUGUCCAGAGAGCAGACAUGAACCGCCUCAUCAUGAACUACCUGGUCACAGAGGGCUUUAAAGAAGCAGCGGAGAAGUUUCGAAUGGAAUCUGGGAUUGAACCUAGUGUGGAUCUGGAAACACUUGAUGAACGAAUCAAGAUCCGGGAAAUGAUACUGAAAGGUCAGAUUCAGGAGGCCAUUGCCUUGAUCAACAGCCUCCACCCAGAGCUCUUGGACACAAACCGGUAUCUUUAUUUCCAUUUGCAGCAACAGCAUUUGAUCGAGCUGAUCCGCCAGCGGGAAACGGAGGCCGCGCUGGAGUUUGCGCAGACUCAGCUAGCGGAGCAGGGCGAGGAGAGCCGGGAGUGCCUCACGGAAAUGGAGCGCACCCUGGCUCUGCUGGCCUUUGACAGUCCCGAGGAGUCGCCCUUCGGAGACCUCCUUCACACCAUGCAGAGGCAGAAGGUGUGGAGUGAAGUGAACCAAGCUGUCCUCGACUAUGAAAAUCGCGAGUCAACACCCAAACUGGCAAAAUUACUGAAACUGCUACUUUGGGCUCAGAAUGAGCUGGACCAGAAGAAAGUAAAAUACCCCAAAAUGACAGACCUCAGCAAGGGUGUGAUCGAGGAGCCCAAGUAGCACCUGCGCUCGUGGUGGACCCAACAGCAGCCCUGCGUCGCGGGCUCGCCUGGGAUCAGCCUGCAGCUGCGGCUUUCUCACUGCGGUAGAGAACUCUUUUUCUCCCUUGUACUUUUUUUUGACCUGGCAUCUUUUUUUAUAGGGAAAAAUGGCCUUCGCAGGCAGUGGAAACUUGCAGGGAAAGAUGCCGUCCCUUUGGCAGUCUGAUGCAGACGUUGCAGCCUGGCACUCGCUGAAGAAUCUGGUGGUCUGCGGUCGGCUCUUCCGGCGUUCCCGGGGCCUCUGGCUGCUGAAGGAUUUGGUCUGCCCCGGAGGGCUGUGCUGUCAGGCCGCAUCCCACUCCCAAUACAGGAAAAGCAGGAAUCAUGAUUCUGCUUUCUGUUAGCUUAGGCAGACAUUACAUCUUACUUCCCCUGAGUCUUGUCAGGCCUUCACCUACAAGUUUUUCCUUACCCCUGUGGUUUUUUGUGUUUUUUUUUUUCCAUGGGAAAGAAUAUAUAAAUUUGUAAAUCCUAAUUCAAAGAUGGCUUGUGUGUGAGGGCAUUCAGUUUGGUUUUCCCUUUGGUCUGGGUUGUGUGGCUUUUGGGAGAUGUGUGUGAGGGGCUGUGUGUUUUUUAAUUUUUUUAAUACAUAUGUUGGUGCUGUGCGUGGUGAGGGACUUGCUCAUAGUGGAUCCCCGAACCAUCUCCUCUGGGCAGUUUUGUUGAAAAUAAAGGUUUCUCUUUGAUUUCAAGAAUGACCAAAA